CGCGUCCACGUACUGAGCUAGCAGGGGGGCGAUAUAGUUGUCGUGGUGAAUAUAAUCGUCUGAGUUUAGUGAGGCAACUAUGUCUUCAGUGGAUUAUCUGAGAGAGUUUGUAAAUGAACGACUAACUGCUGCUGCUGAAGAAAUAUUCGGCGCUUUUAAAAGAACCAUCGUCGAGUACGAAGAAGAGCUCAGCCGUCAGCGCAGACUGCUGGAAAACGCCUGGAAACCUGAAACAAAGUUAAACAAUAAAGAGCUCCCACAGCAGCUGUCCGUGAGGAAGACUGGGCCAAAACCCCACCUGAACACCGAAAGAGAGCUCCCACAGCAACAUGACUUUCAGGAGAAGGAGGUUCUCCCUGACCAACAGGAGCUCUGUGCUCAGGAGAGGAACUCAAAUCUGGACCAGGAGGACCCAGAGCCUCCACGGAUUAAAGAGGAGCAGGAGGAUCUCUGCAGCAGUCAGGAGGGAGAGCAGCUUGUUCUGAAGGAGGAGACUGAUACAUUUAUAUUUACUCCUAGUUUUGAGGAAAGUGACCAUAGUGAAGAUCAGACUCUGUAUCUGAGUCGUGAUACAACUUUAAGUGUAGCAGAGAAAGAAUCUCUUGUCAACAUACAAGUUAUAAACUCUCUGGUAUCAGAGCCAAAAACUGAGCACCAGUUCCUCUCUCACAACUCUUAUAGUCCCGAGAGCCAAAAUCUGACAGAAGGCAUGUAUGAAGACUCAGGAUCAACUAUACAUACAGAUACAGAGCCAGAACCACAGAGGAGACAUUACAGUAGCAGAAGUCACACUGACGAUGUAAACAACCCUAACUUGUUAGAGAUUCAACAAAAUACUCACACAGGAAAACGGUCUUACAUAUGCGACACGUGUGGAAAAGACUUUAAGUUUCAGUCAGUUUUGCAGAGACAUGUGAGCGUCCACACAGACGAGCAGAAUAACUUCCUCAUCAAGAUUCGCUGUAAACAGUGA